UAUGGAUCACCUCCUUGGCCAAGUACAGAACUGAGUGUUUAGUCCCAGGACAAGACCACAGGCUGUCUUUCCCUCUCUUCUGGUUCUCUGUGCUGUGCUGCCAAAAAAAAAUGUUGCUGUCCUGACCAGCAGUCAUGAAGAGAAGGGGGUGAAGCGAAUUUGUCUGGAGAAAUAGGAAGUUUUGAAGUUUUCAGUGGGAUUUAUUACCAGUGGCUGCAGGAGGUGUUGCCAAGCCAACCGUUGACACUGGAAUGGAUGAAAAGCCUCAGACUUGAGCGCUUGUUUGCUAUGCUUCAGCCUUGUUUCCUGCUGUGUCCUGACCCUGGAGUGAGCCCUGGCUGGGCUGCAAGUUUGGCAUUUCCAGCAUGAUCAGUGCUCGAAGGAGUGGCCGUCCUACGUGAGCAGAGUGGAAACAUAUGGCUGAAAUGCUUACCAUGCACUGAGCAGCACGGCACCAAGCGCAGGGCUCCGGGAAAAUGUCUGCUUGCAACACUUUCACUGAGCACGUCUGGAAACCCGGCGAAUGUAAGAACUGCUUCAAGCCCAAAAGCUUGCACCAGUUACCCCCCGUGUCAGAAAAGAAGCCCCUCUCGCAUGGAAACCUGAAACCCAAUGCAAACCAAAGCAACAGCCAGCGGGGCAGGAACAGCGGGAACUUCCGACCGCCCGUGGCCAAGAAACCCACCAUAGCUGUGAAACCCACCAUGAUGGUGGUGGAUGGGCAGGGCGUGUGUGCCGAGAUCAGCACGCUGGAGCAGGGGGAGAACAAAGCCCUGCCCGCGGGGUGGAACCGAAACAAAGCGGCCUUGAACAAAAAACCACUGAACAACAACAACAACGAAGAGGAAAUCGAAGGUUACAGCCACGUCUCCAGGCCUUACGGCAGCAACGAGGGGGUGGGGAAGAUACCAAAUAACAAUAAUAACGGACUGACAGAAGUUUUGAAGGAGAUUGCAGGUUUGGACACCGCACCUCAGCUCACCGGCAAUGAAACGAACUCAAGAGAAACCUUCUUGGGGAGGAUAAAUAAUUGCUAUAAAAGGUCAUUAGAAAGAAAGAUCCCUCCGAGCUGCAUGGUGGGUGGAAUGAAGGAUUCACAGAGUAAGCACGUUAUUCUGAGUGGAAGCACUGAAGUAAUAAGCAAUGAAGGUGGACGUUUCUGUUAUCCAGAGUUCUCUAGCGGAGAUGAGAGUGAGGAUGACACGUUUUUUGGCAGCAUGCAGGAAGAGCAUGAGAGCUGGGACGAGAGUGAUGAAGAGUUGCUAGCGAUGGAAAUUCGCAUGAGGGGCCAGCCCCGCUUUGCCAACUUCAGAGCUAACACCCUGUCUCCUGUGCCGUUCUGCGUGGACAAAAAAUGGAACACUGUGCCCCUUCGGAACAAGUCUCUGCAGCGGAUCUGUGCAGUGGAUUAUGACGACAGUUAUGAUGAAAUUUUAAAUGGUUAUGGGGAAGAGGCUGUGAUUCUCUAUGGGCAAGAGAGCAUGCAGAGCAUGGUAUCGUCUGAUUCCACGUCUCCUGAUUCUUCUCUGACAGAAGAGUCUCGUUCCGGAACAACGAGCAGUUCUUCCCAGAAGCUCUGUAAUGGAGGGUUGUCUCCCAGCACUCCUCAGGACCUCAAACUGAUUGAACCGGAAUACGAAAGUCUUUGUGACGAUCAGCAAGUGAAGGAUGUGUCAAAAGCGCCCAGAAAUGCUCCAAAAAGUCUAGAAACUCACAAGGCAGUCCUUGCGCUUCGACUGGAGGAGAAGGAUGGCAAAAUUGCUGUGCAGACUGAUAAGCAAGAGAAUAAAAGUUCUUCAGAUGUUGCUGGUCAAGCAGUAACUAUUAAUUUGGUGCCCGUGGAGGAGCAAGCUAAACCUUACAGGGUGGUGAACAUGGAACAGCCAGUGUGCAAGCCAUAUACUGUAGUAGAUGUAUCAGCUGCCAUGACCAAUGAAUGUAAGGAGAAUCAGACCGAAACCUCAGAAACCAAAAAUGCAUCAUCUAACCCAAGCUCACCAGUAACUCCAGGCACACCUGUUGCAUCCUCUGCAGCAUCACCUGUACGUGUCAAUGCUAACCUGAAAAAAUCCAGUGCAAUCAGGUACCAGGAAGUGUGGACUUCUAGUACUAGUCCAAGACAGAAGAUACCUAAGGUGGAGCUGAUUGCAAACAGCUCAGGACCUUCCGUUCCUCCCAGGAAGACAAGCCACAAGUCAGCUCCUACUUCACCUACAGCUACAAACAUUUCUUCAAAAACUAUCCCGGUUAAGUCUCCCAAUUUAUCUGAGAUAAAAUUCAACAGCUACAACAAUGCUGGCAUGCCACCUUUUCCUAUUAUCAUUCAUGAUGAGCCCACUUAUGCCAAGAGUUCCAAAAAUGCUAUUAAAGUUCCUAUUGUAAUCAAUCCGAACGCUUAUGAUAACCUGGCUAUCUAUAAAAGUUUUCUAGGGACCAGCGGGGAGCUGUCCAUCAAAGAUAAAACUACCAGUGUGAUAAGCCAUACAUAUGAGGAAAUAGAAACAGAAAGUACAAUAACUGAAGCCAUAGGCAGUAAACCCACUGAGUUGUCCCAGCCAAAGGGGGUGACGAAUAGCUCUGAGUGCAGGCUGGGUUCUGUGGCUCAAAAGGUCCAAGAGUUCAACAGCUGUCUCAGUAAAAGCCAGAUAUCCCCACAGAGAAGUCACAGUGCUGACCACAGCUCCCCAUCAAAAGCUCAAAAGGCAACACAAGAGCCUGCAGCAAAAACAGACGUAACGCCAGAGGGUUCUGUUGGCAGCAGUGGUGGCAGAGAGAAUGCAAGCACGGUGCUCUCACAGAUUGUGGCUUCUAUCCAGCCUCCACAAUCUCCUCCAGAAACACCUCAGUCUGGACCCAAGUCCUGUAGUGUACAAGAACUGUAUUCCUUACCUCCGGAGGGAGACACUCCUAAAAGCACCCUGGUACGACCCAAAUCUCUGUUUACGUCACAGCCUGAAAUAGAGUCCUCCAAGACGGCGGAAAGCACUGCUGGGAAGGUGCCGAAAGAUCCGCUGUCCCAGCUGGCUGCCACUCCCUCUCCAAAGCCAGCGCGAGCCACCCCGAGUGCCACGAGUCCUCAGGCAGAGCAGGCACCGCCGUUCCCGCCCCCACGCUCCACCUCCUCGCCCUACCACGCCAGUAACUUGCUGCAAAGACAUUUCAGCAACUGGACCAAACCCACCAGCCCCACCAGGUCCACGGAGGCCGAGUCGAUCCUGCACUCGGAGGGGCGUCGCGCCGACGCGAAACCCAAGCGCUGGAUAUCGUUCAAGAGCUUCUUCCGCCGCAGGAAACCCGAGGAUGAGGAGGACAAAGAGAAGGAGAGAGAGAGAGGGAAGCUGGUGGGUCUGGAUGGAACUGUCAUCCACAUGCUCCCCCCUCCCCCAGUUCAGCGGCAUCACUGGUUCAGCGAGGCCAAGUCGGACUCCAGCGAGAAGCCCUCCAUCGUUUUCAUGUACCGCUGUGAGCCGGCGCCGGCCGAGCCGAAGGCUGACCUCCCACCCAAGGGGGGAGUGGAGUCUGCCAUCGCAGAGGCACUGGCAAAAGACAAAGGAGAAGUGCUGGAAAAGCCUCCCGAGAGCUCUGAACAGAACCCAGCGAGCCAUUCCUCACCACCUCAGGUUCCCAAGAAAAUCCCCAGCACACCAGAACACUGUGGAAUCAAUGGCUCGCCAGAGUUUCAAGACAUGAUUAAAAGACUCAAGAAGGCCCUGAAAGAAUUUCCUUUAAUGGGGAAUUGUGUGAGUGAGUACAGUGGUCAAGUGCCCGAUGACACGACCCUGGAGGACUUGUCCCCUCGUGUCCCCAGAGCCGUGUUUGUGAAGCAGGACAAUGGUGGCAGCGCCUCCAUCAUUCCCGUGUCCUCGGCGCGUCCUCCCCAGGGGGAGGAGGAGAAAGAAGAAGCUCCACGUUCUCCCAACUUAAAUACCUGCAGUGCCACGUACAGCAAUUUAGGACAGUCCAGAGCAACCAUGAUCCCUCCAAAACAGCCGAGGCAACCCAAGGGAGCUCUGGAUGAUGCCAUUGCCUUCGGAGGGCUGGUAGACCAGGAGCCAGUGAACAACUUGCAGCCAACCCCACCUCCACUGCCAAAGAAAACAAUCCUGAGAGCUAACACGGAGCCGACUCCCAGGGAUCUCCAGAAGCAGGCUCUGGAGAACAACCUGUGCAUCAUGGCCAAUCCCACCUACGACAUCGACACCAACUGGGAAGCGAGCAGCGCCUGCUCCUCCGUCAGCCUGGAGCUCAAGGUACUGGACAACGAGUCCGGGGAUUCCUUGGACAGGCCUGUGGAAAAGCUGAGGGCAACCACGUCGGCCACGAACAGUGUUUCCAGCCUAACCACUAUCAGUAUUAAGGACCGGUGCUCCAACAGCAUGGAGUCUCUGACGGGGAGACACCUCUCGCAGGCCAGGCAGGGCAGGGGGGUGCAGAAGCCGCAGAGACAAGCACUUUAUCGCGGGAUCGAAAACCGGGAGGAGGUGGUGGGGAAGAUCCGAGGCCUGCACGCCGACUCCCUGAAGAAGCUGGCGCUGAAAUGCGAGGAUCUGUUCAUGGCCGGGCAGAAGGACCAGCUGCGCUUCGGGGUGGACAGCUGGUCCGACUUCCGCCUGACCAGCGACAAGCCCUGCUGCGAGGCCGGCGACGCCGUCUACUACCCGGCCUCCUACGCCAAGGAUCCGCUCAACAACUACGCAGUCAAGAUUUGUAAGAGCAAAGCAAAGGAGUCCCAGCAGUAUUAUCACAGCCUGUCUAUCCGGCAGAGCCUGGCCAUCAACUUCAACAUCCAGCAGGACUGUGGCCACUUCCUGGCUGAAGUGCCAGUUCGGCUCCUGCCGUGGGAGGACGAUGACGCGCCGGACGUGGAAGAAGAAGAAGACCGGGAGGAAGAGGAGAAAGAACCUGAGCAGAAGAACAGAGACACGGCUUCCAGUGCAGAGGCUGCAGCCAAGGAGGGCUCCAGCAGGCCGGGCACCAUGAGCCGGCCCCGCAGCCGAGUGGUGGUGAUCACACGGGAGGUGCCGCACCUGACCGUGGCCGACUUCGUGCGCGAGUCCGAGCCCCGCCACGCCAAGAGCCCCGACCUGUACGAGAGGCAGGUCUGUCUGCUCCUCCUGCAGCUGUGUUUGGGCCUGGAGCACCUGAAGCCAUAUCACAUCACACACUGUGAUCUGCGCUUGGAGAACCUGCUGCUGGUUCACUCCAGACCGGGAGGCAGCCCCCUGAGCCCCGAGUCCAUGGAGCACGGUCCCAACACCGCAUGCCCAGCCAGGCUCAUAGUGAGCAAUUUCUCCCAGGCCAAGCAGAAGAGUCACAUGGUGGAUCCAGAGGUCCUACGGGAUCAGUCCCGCCUGGCUCCAGAAAUCAUCACUGCGACCCAGUACAAAAAGUGUGAUGAGUUCCAGACUGGCAUCCUCAUCUAUGAAAUGCUGCACUUACCCAACCCCUUCGAUGAGAAUCCAGAGCUGAAGGAGAAGGAGUACACUCGUGCUGACCUCCCGAAGAUUCCUUGCCGUUCCCUUUACUCUCAAGGGCUUCAACAACUUGCCAGCUGCCUGCUGAAUCCCAACCCUUCAGAGAGGAUCCUGAUAUCAGAAGCCAAGGGAAUCCUUCAGUGUUUGCUUUGGGGUCCACGUGAGGACUUGUUCCAUGCUCUGAGUACCUCCUCCAACCCCUCGCGAAGAGAUGCUAUCCUUCAGAACUGGCUGGACAUAAAAAGGACGCUGCUGAUGAUCAAGUUUGCAGAGAAGUCCUUGGAGAGGGACUGUGGAAUUAUUCUGGAAGACUGGCUUUGUUGUCAGUAUCUGGCUUUUGCCACUACGGACUCACUUCAUCGCAUUGUGAGAAUCAUGAAGCAGCACUAGUUUGUAGAGCCUGUUGCUUUUCAUGAAACACCCUCACCUCUGCCCCUGCCCUCACUCCAGCCUGCACUAGGGCUCACGUUUUGUACAAGUGUUAAAAACAGCCUAGAUAUCAAAGCCAGCAACUCUGAGCAAAUAGGUUCUCAUUGGAGAAAUUGCAUCCUGUACCCAGUCUGACAGAAACUUUACUUUUUUGGCCAGGCCCGUUAGGGAUUGAUUAUAGAUGUAUGACUGCAUUCGGGUCAGACAGUACGUGACUUGAUUCAUAUCUGGCAGAAAAGGAGAGCAAACUUUGAUACCACUAUUUCUACCACUGCAGUAAACAAAUUGCCCUCCUGUUCUGGGUAGUUUCUGUCAUUUCCUGUGUAGCACUGGUUAGUGAAUAGCAGUGACCAUCAGCAGAGAUGGAUUAGUUGUAAAUGUGAGAUGAAUGAUCCACCGUGCCACAAAACACUCAUUUGCUUCCAUUCCACAUACCACACAAAAUUUCUUCUCAGCUUAAUCAGUCCCCCACAGGUGGGCUGUGCUCCUCUUUCCUUUGGUCUCAACCACAGACUUUGCUGUAUUUUCCUCCCCAGCUGUGUUUUUCCUGCUGACUGUGGCAAGUGUCAGUGAGCAUCUGUGUUCAGUCCCCUUCCUUCCUUCUCUGCCUCACUGCCUACCCAUAUCCUCUCUACCCAUGGAUCCAUGAGUUCAACAACGCUGCCUUAACCAGACCAUUACCCUUAGCUUAUGACCUCUGCAUUAAAAAGCAGAAUAUGCACACUUUGUCUAUCCCAUUUCCCAGGUGCCAUUCACCAGUCUGGACUAUUGAUGUACUGUAGCCAUAACUGCAUUUAUACAAGAACAAGACAAUGGUGGGCCACUGAAAUUCCCCCUCCAUCACUAAAGCUUGACUUGAACUGGAUAGGACAUACAUAACCUUCUCUGACAAUCACUGCUACAGAUCGAGGAUGAAAACAACAGCCACCUCUUCUGUUUUAUUUUGGUCUGCUCUUGUCACUUGGGCCAUACUGCAAAAUGGGACUGAAAUUGGCUCUGCUGGUUUGUUGGCAGGAGAUAGAAAUGUUUAAAGCUUGUCUGUGUGUAGCUAACAGGCCACAUGGAGACACUUCUACUGCAGAUGUAGUUCUCUGAAGGGUAAAAACAAGGGGGCAAAAACACUGUUGUUUAAUUAUUGAGAGAGCUGUUAAGUUUGGCAGCCACAGCUGACAGUAUCCUGGUCCAUGUUCCCCACAGGGGUGUCUGGCUGCCUGUCUCUGUCUGUUGUAACUAUUGUUUUCUAAUGUUGCAACAGACAACACCCGAGAAAUGGAAUGUUGUCAGAAGAGCUCAAAGAGCACCACAGACAGAGUUUUGGAUGAGAGGAGGAAUUAGUGGGGAUUAAAGAGUCAGAAUUUCUAAAAACUCAACCUGAAGGAGCUUUUUCACUUUUAGAGGCCACUGCUGACUCCCUUCCAUGCCCUGACAGCCAUUUCCCAUGGAACCUAUGCAGUUGUACAGACAAUACCUUUGCUCAGUAUUGCCAGGCUAUGAGUUGUUUCCUGAAUCACUCUGAAGAACUGAUCUGGAUGCAGGGAAAAAAGUGAUCCUGAAUAUUCUGACCCAGGUGAUGGAAAGCAGACAGCCCUAGUUAUGAGCCUGUGCUUCUCUCCUAUGGAUCUAUGUGCAAUUCUUGUAUUAUUUUUUAAAGCUGUACAUUACAGUGUUCACUUUACACACCAGCCUUUACCUGAUGCUAGAUCUGCAGCCCCUUCCUUUACUUUCCUGGCACAUAAAUGCACAGAUAUCCAUGUGUUCUUUUUUUUAUGGAUUGAUGUUUCAUUUGAAUUGUUAAAACUGUGAGGAAUCCAUUCACUUCAGCCUUGAAACAAAUAGCCACUUUAUACAGCAUAUGCAUGCUUGGACCAGAUGCAUGGAAACCGAACAAACAGUCCUGCAGGCUCAAAGUCAGCAAAACUAGCUCUGGAUCCACACAGUACCCUGGAGGGGCUGACAUGUCUAUCUUGCUCUUCUCUGGCAUCUCUCAGAGCUCAGCUGAAGGGCAUGUGGAAGCCUACAUCGAUUGUGCUGUAGUAUAGACUGUCUUUGUGACCUUCCUGAAGAUUUUUUGAAACUUCUGAUGAUUAUUCUGUUGUUUGAUUCACCUGUAUCAGUGAAGGAUCAGGCAAGGAUAAGGGUAAUAUAUUUUAGUGUGAUAUAUUUUUUGUUUCUUUCUCUUUUUUUGCAAAAAAGGUUAGGAUGGCGGCAUUGAUGCAGAAAAAACAGGACAGUGCAUUAAAAGCCCAAGUGCAAUGUGUGUAGUUGAGGUACCUCCACUACAUCAGGAAAGAAAGUUUCUACACUACUGCUGAGCAGCUCGUAGAAGAACCUUUACAAAGAAUCCCACGCUGGGUGCAGCCCUGCUCGCUCUGGACACA